AUGAAAACACCGCCAAACCAAGAAAAGAACAACGAAAAAAUAUCACUUUUAUUUAGUUCACAACGGCUAACUAUCGACGUUCACCCUUCCUCAGUCUAUCACAUCGUCCUUAGCUCGAACAACGCCGAUAGGCAUCAAGUUACAUUGAGCUUUACUGCACGUUCCCGCAUGAUGCCAUUGACUAGGGCCCGCCCUUUCGGCAAUCAUUCUAGCAUGUUCCGCAUGUUCCUUGACGCCAUGGUCAUCCUUGCCGUCGCCUCCGGCGUUUCCCUUCCCCCUCAGCUGCCAGGGCGCCGUUCACACAACGCAAGCACACCCGGCGCCAAAAAACCGGGGAAAGACCACGGCGCUAUGGUUUCGGAGUUUCCCGCCAAUGGCGUUAUAACUCCAGUUUAUUUUCCUCUUCGUUGGUAA